AAAUAAUUUUGAGGGUUUUGUGCAUUGAAAGAAGAGUCCAACUGGCGACUUGCUUCGAUUUUAGGCAUUUCUUUUUCACAUGCUACUUCCUAUAGGCGAUAUAUUUUCGUUUUAAUGUGCAAAUAAAUAUGUAAACAGUGCUGCCAAAUCGUUGCUUAAAAUUCGAAGCGUAGUUUACCGCUAAUUUUUUGACGUUUCCGCUCAUUUCUUUGUGCGCCGUCAUCCAAUAAGGAUGGAAAUUAAGAAUUGUGCAGAUAUUCCAACGCCAUUUCGCCGUAUAUUUGAACACUAUCCAUCUUUCAAUGCAGUACAAUCGUCACUUUUAAAUGUGCUGUUACACACCAAUAGAUCGGUGGUACUGAGUGCACCCACAGGUUCUGGCAAAACAGUAGCUUUUGAGUUGGCCAUCGUGCGUAUGUUACACGAUCUUGCACAUGACACUAACAGCGCUCAGGAGCAGUGCACUCGAGUAACACCAGUCAAAGCGGUGUAUGUGGCACCAAUUAAAGCACUUUGUGCUGAACGUUUUGAUGAUUGGAAUAGACGUUUCAAAAUUCGGCUCGGCAUAGAGUGUCUACUCAUCACCGGCGAUAGUGAAUUGGAUGAACUGGCACGUCUGCAUAGUGCUCAAGUGAUUAUCACUACACCGGAGAAAUGGGAUUCGUUAACACGUCAUUGGCGUGAUUGUCGUGAUGUUAUCAGCUCAAUACGACUCUUUCUCAUUGACGAAGUGCAUUUGCUGAAUGAAGAUGUGCGUGGUCCAGUGUUAGAAGCUAUAGUCUCACGUAUGCAUACCAUUGCAUGUGAUGCUAUGAAUAAGCCUUUGCGUUUUGUUGUUGCCUCAGCUACUAUACCAAAUGUACAUGACAUAACAUGUUGGAUUUCAGGUAUUGUUGGUGGCGGUAGCAAUAGGAUUAAUCAUGGAACUGUUGCGGAAUUGGUUUACUCAGAUGCAGAUCGUCCGGUGCCAUUGGAGAAACAUGUAUUGGGUUUUAAUUGGAGUUUACGUGGUUUUAAAUUUGAUAUGAGUCUCAAUUAUAAGUUAUUGGACAUAUUGCGCAAAUAUGCCGACUGUAAAGCCACUUUGAUUUUUUGCAAUAGUCGAAAAUCUGCCGAAAUGGCGGCAACAGUUUUAGAGAAAAAUAUCACCACACUUUACGCACUCAGUGACCAACAGAAGACAAAUCUUACGCAACUUGUGCAAGAUUUGCACGACAGUAAACUGCGCAAAUUGAUUGCACAUGGCAUCGCUUACCAUCAUGCCGGCAUGAGUUUAAGUGAUCGUAGCAAAAUUGAGGAGAGCUUCCGUCAGGGUAACCUAAUGGUUUUGCUCUGCACCAACACUUUAGCAAUGGGCGUCAAUUUGCCAGCACGCCUUGUGGUCAUCAAGUCAACUGAGUAUUAUCACCUUGGUAAUAUGAUGGAAUAUCCCGAGAGUACUUUGUUGCAAAUGAUUGGACGCGCUGGACGGCCGCAAUACGAUACAAAAGGUGUUGCUGUGAUUCUAACGCAUAUGAGGAAUGUGCAUAAAUAUGAGACAUUAAUGAAUGGCACAAUGCCAAUCGAGUCACAUUUACACAAACACCUGGCUGAACAUCUCAACUCGGAGAUCGCAUUGGGCACCAUAAAAAAUCUGGAGGUAGCCAUGCAAUGGAUGCGUUCCACAUACUUCUAUGUCCGUUCAAUGCAAAAUCCCUUACAUUAUGGCUUAGAACAAAACACAGAUAAGGAUAUUAUCGAACACAAACUGGAAAAGCUGUGUUUUGUGCAAAUACAGGAGCUAGCAAAUGCCGGUCUCAUUUCUAAAAAUCCACAAAAUGAGUUAGACGUGCAAACCACCAGUUAUGGCAAAUUAAUGGCCAAAUAUUACGUAUGCUUCGAGACUAUGAAACUCUUUCGCCAGAUACGUGGCGAUGAAUCUUUUUUAAAAAUACUUGAGCUAAUUGUUCGCUGUCGCGAAUUCAGCGAUUUUACACUCAGAGUAAAUGAGAAGCGUUUGCUGAACGCGUUAAAUGACGCACCAUUGCGCUUUCCUCGUGCCGGCCGUAUCAAAACACGUGAGGAUAAAAUUUCAUGCUUGUUGCAAGCAAUACUUGGUAAUAUACCGAUCGCCUCCCCCACUUUGGCGCAGGAAUCGUUGAAAAUGUUACGCAUCGGCGAUCGCAUUGCUAAAUGUCUAUUGGAGUAUAUGCGAUUGGCGGAGCAUCAAGCGUCUAGUACAUUGCAUUUGGGCCGCUACAAGGCGUUAUUGCAUACCGUGACAAUCGCGAAAUGCUUCCACGCCAAGUUGUGGGAAAACUCCGAGUAUGCAGCGAAACAAUUGCAGAAAAUCGGUGCCGUUUACUCGGCACAACUGGUGUGUGCUGGGAAAACUACGCUGAAAUCAUUGGGAGCGACAGACGCGCGCACCAUUGAAGCGAUACUGAACAAAUCAUAUCCCUUUGGCGAUGAGAUAUUACAAAAUUUACAACAAACAUUCCCUGAAUAUUCGCUACAAUUGGCGCGCGUUUCACUAGAUCUGGUGCGCGUCUGUGUGCGACAAGUUAAUGAGGCCUUCAUUUGUCGUGGCAUCAAUGCAUUGCUUAUUAUUGGUGAUUCCGCGAAUCAGCUGCUGCUUUUCAUCGAAGAUCUCGAUUCACUGCUUUUGGAGUACGGCUCCUUUAUGAAAACUAUUAAAUUACCAAAUACGGAUGUUGAGAAGCUUCAUGCACAUGUCAUUCAUGCCACAUUGGUUGGCGCUGAUGUACAUGAAACAUUGAUUAUAAACGAGCCUGUUGUUGAAACAACAACUGUAUCAAAAGCAAAAAAGGCCAAAAAGCGAAACAAACAAACAUCGGAGACCACAAUUUCUAACAAGAAAGCCAAACCAAACCUCUCCAACACUAUUAGUACAAUUUGCGAUACAACAAUCGACAGCACAGUAGCAGACAAAAGUAAACGUUUCUUAAAAUUACAAAGCUUUACUUUUUCGAAGUCGAAACUUACUAAUGACAGCAUUAAAACGAAACCUGGUGAAGAGGAGGACCAAAACUUUCCAAAGAGCAAAAUGUAUACCAAAAACUAUUUCAAUAUAACGGAUACUACCGUAAAUGAUGAAUCCUUUAAUACUACCGCUAAACAAUUUAGCAAUAAUUCCACGCUGGUACAAAGUAGAUUAACGCAAUAUUUUACGCAAAGAAAACAUAUAAAUGAUAAAUCAUUAACGAUGCAAUCAAUGCAAAGUGAUGAUGAGUCUGAAAAAUCAGAUUCUGAUAAGAACAAUAAUGAACUAUCGGCAGUGAUGCCAGAAAAGAUGCUAGAUACAACUUUGAUCAGAUAUCAGCGAUAUUUAAAGCAGCGUGAUCUCGAAUUUGAUAAAUUAAAGGAGAGUCAAAACAAACUAAGUAAUGAGCCCGGUUCAGUGGUUAUUAGGGGUUCAACAGCUCAAAAAACGCCAGAUUCAAUUGAAGCUACGAAAGAAUGUGAUGUUAUAGAGCCGGAUAGCCCAACAGAAACGAAAAAUGUAGAAGAAUCUCUAGUGCAUACCACGCUACGCGCAACAACACCAGAUUUACAUGAAAUUUCUGCAUUCUUAGAUACACAAAUAUCAAAGCAAUCGAACAAAGGAACACAAGGAUCGAUAACAGCUGAAUAUUUGGGAAUUUCGACAAAUGGACCAACAAUAGACUACAGUAUUUUAAAUGAUACACAAAAUGCUGUGCUGUUGAAUACACAAAGCUCAAGUUCUACAAGAGAAGCAGUGCAAAGUUCAACACUAAGAAAGGCACAAAGUUCAAUUUCAGGGAUGUCGAAUAUUGGUGCAGAACAUUCUAUUUUACACGAAAAGUCAAAAAAUACAACAGUUAAUUCAUUUAAUUCAGUAAACUGUGGUGUGGUCUUUAAAAUUUUAAACUGUGGUGUCUCCAGUACGAUGCAAAAAGAAUUCGUUAGAAUUAAUUCGAAGACAAGCAAUAGCGAUGAGGCUUUAGAUUUAUCGCGGAAAUCUAAAGACGUAAAUAGCACAAAUGCAAAGGAUGUAAAACGUUUAAAAGCUGCCAAGUCACCAUUAAAGAAUCCACAAAAUACUUCGAACACUGAUAUUGUUAAAAAAGCAAAGAUCACAAGAAGACAACAACUGCAGCAACCCGGAGAGGACAACUGCGUUUUAGAUUUGUCACACAAGACUGCAACUAAUUUGAAUAUGACCUGGUGUGAUAGCUUAACAGUAGCUGAAGCUUCUGCUGGUAACUGUACGAGAACCCGCAAAAGUUCCGAUACGCUAAGCGACAGUCCAAAAUGUAUUAAGAAUUACAUACGUUGUUAUAAAGUAGCCACCGCUUAUGCGCGUCUCAAAGAAAGUGAACGUACAAUAGGGAAUUUUAAAAACCUAUACAUGCGAGUGUGGCACACAAAUACAGCCAUAGAUUAUAUAACCCAAAAAUUGAGCAACAGUAGCAUCAGUCACGAGAAGGAGCAGAAGACUGUACCAGCGCAGCAGGCAGUGCUUAAGCGCAAUAUAAAAAGUGUUAUAGAGAAGAGUGAGCUGCCAUUAAAUAUGUCUAAAAAGUUGCAAGAAAAACAAGUAAACAAUGCAUUAAAUAAUGUUAAAAUCAACAAAUCAAACGGAACGGUAGUAAGGGCCAAAUUAGCUAAAAAUAGUGCGGGCAAAAUGUGCGCGAAAGUGUCUAAAAAUACUGCAAAGGAAAAUACAUCGUCUACAAACCCAAAUCGCUUUCGUUUGCAGUUAAUGGAUGAAGUGAAUAGCGAUAUGAAAAACUCACAGCAUAUUAAUAAUGACGUUAUGCAUUUAGUGCUCAAUAUGAAGUGUAAAGCUCUUGACACCAACAAUAAAGGAAAUCAAGCAAAACAAAAUGUGGAAAAUAAAGCAAUUGCAGAAGAUGCAGAACUUAAUGAAACUGAAAGUUUACCCAGUAUGUCCUUCGAAGAAUAUUGCAGUUAUGUGCUUCAAACACCAUCUAAGUAGUAAGUCAUACA